AUGGCCCAGCUCCGCGCGCCUGCCUCCUCCUCCUCGGCCUCGGCCUCUGCCGCCGCCGCCUUCGACUACCUGGUGCUGGGCGGCGGCUCGGGGGGCUUGGCCAGCGCCCGGCGCGCCGCGGAACUGGGGGCCCGGGCCGCCGUGGUGGAAAGAGGGCCGCUCGGGGGCACCUGCGUGAAUGUUGGAUGUGUACCUAAAAAGGUGAUGUGGAAUACAGCUGUCCACACCGAAUUCAUCCAUGACCAUGCAGAUUAUGGCUUCCAAGUAGCCAAUGUGAAAUUUAACUGGCGAGUAAUUAAAGAAAAGCGUGAUGCUUAUGUGAAGCGGCUGAAUGAGAUCUAUCAAAAUAAUUUGAACAAGGCUCAUGUAGAAACCAUUCAUGGCGAUGCGACGUUUACAUCCGAUCCCACACCCACGGUGGAGGUAGAUGGUAAAAAAUACACGGCGCCCCACAUCCUGAUAGCUACUGGUGGGCAGCCGGUGGUCCCCGAUGAGAAUGAGAUCCCUGGAGCCAGCUUGGGAAUUACCAGCGACGGGUUCUUUGAACUUGAAGAACUGCCUAGGCGCAGUCUUGUGGUUGGUGCCGGAUACAUAGCUGUGGAGAUAGCUGGCAUCCUUUCGGCCCUUGGGUCAAAGACGUCCCUACUGAUCCGGUACGGCGAGGUGCUGAGGAAUUUUGAUUCGAUGAUCAGUUCAAAUUGCACUCAAGAACUGGAACAUGGUGGUGUAGAAGUCUGGAAGCAUUCAAAGGUCAAACAGGUCAAAAAGUUACCUUCUGGAUUGUUGGCAGUAACCGUAACGACCUCCCCUCCCAGUCAGAAACCCACCGUUAACACGAUUGAGGAUGUUGAUUGUCUGUUGUGGGCCAUCGGGAGACGGCCAAACACGGAGGGGCUGCAUCUUGGCAAACUGGGUCUUAAGGUAGACCAUGCAGGCCACAUUGUGGUUGAUGAGUUCCAAAACACCAGCCGGCAGGGGGUCUACGCCGUUGGAGAUGUAUGUGGGAAAGCACUUCUUACCCCAGUGGCAAUAGCGGCUGGCAGGAAAUUGGCACACAGACUUUUUGAAGGCAAAGAAGAUUCCAAACUUGACUACACCAACAUUCCUACUGUGGUCUUCAGCCACCCACCUAUCGGAACAGUGGGACUAACAGAAGCGGAAGCCGUAGCCGCCUACGGAAGAGAGAACGUCAAGGUUUAUACGACUUCCUUCGUCCCAAUGUACCACGCUGUAACGACGAGGAAAACCAAGUGUCUCAUGAAACUGGUCUGUGCCACUCCACAGGAAAAGGUGGUCGGACUUCACAUGCAAGGGUUGGGAUGCGACGAAAUGCUCCAAGGCUUCGCGGUUGCUGUCAAAAUGGGAGCAACCAAGGCCGACUUCGAUCAGACCGUAGCCAUUCACCCAACUUCAGCAGAAGAGCUGGUUACCCUCCAUUAAAAGA